UGCUAUGUAAAAGAAUAAUCCAUUAUUUUGUCACUAAUGGAAAACAAAGACGGACAAAAGAAAAUAUGAUUUCUGGGGGAGUAGUGGAGUACUAUUUGUUCUUUUAGCAAUUUUGUUUCCAUCGAAAAGCCUCGCGGUUUCAAUCUUUCGGCACUUUAGACGCACCGUUUGACAGCCGAAAGAGAGAGAGGACGUUAGCAGAAGGCAGGAGGGAGGAAUGGGAAAGCAAAAAGAGGAAGAAGAGGAAGAUAAUAGAAGAGAGGCAUCAAUUGCUUCAACCCUUUGUUUGCAACCCAAUUUCAAGCCUGUUGGUGUCACUCGUCAACAGCUUUCCAAAUUCCAGGAGCUGCAUAGAAGGCGUUUACAAAUAAAAGCAAAAUCAAAGAUCCAUAAGAAACCAAAAGAUCGAAGCAAAAAAUUUCAUGCUGAAGACUGCAAUAGCACAGAUUCUCCAGAAGCAGACUCAAAUACCAGAGUUGAAGAUUCAAUUGUUUCCAACCUGAAGAACCUUAUUGAAGAUGAUAAUGCCUUUACACAGCCAGAUAAUGUAGUUGGGCAGCUUGCAACUAAAAAGCGGCAGAAAUUGCAUUGGGGACUUGAUACAAAGGAAAGGUGGGAAAGGAAAGCCAACAUGUAGAUAUUUCAGAAGAAAAUACAGCUUCGCCAAGUGAAUGCUUAAAUGAAAGUCCACGAGGUUAUAAAUUUAAAGAAAUUAUAUUUGGGAAAUGUCCACCAUAAAUGCUACAAUUUCUGGGUAUCUCAUGUAUGCUCCAGAUAAGUUCAGGGGACGCUACAAUGGAAAAUUGAGGAAUGGAACCAGCAACCCUUUGUCAUAA